AUGAAACUCGUACUAAUUGGUUUAAAUGAUACCAAAAUAUGUGAAAUGGAAAUGCAUGCAGAUUCACAACCUAUCAAUAUGCUGAUACCAGAAAUUUGUUUAUCAAAAGAUACGACACAAAAAAUUUUAUUGGUAACUGACAGUAAAACAAUUCAUAAAUUCGAAUUUGCUUGUGAUCAAAUGUUGAAAGAUAUUGUCUUAGCUGCUGAUCUUAAUGGUGAAUCAGUUACAAUAAAUUCAUCAGUACAAAUCGGUUUUGAUAUCAGUUUAAUGAUUUCGUCAAAACAUGAACCAUUUCGCAUUGUUGACUGUUGGACGGAGCAGAAUAACCACAGGGCCAGCUUUUUAAAAAACGGUAUUCCAGAACGAGAUUCCCGAUCGGCCCCACUCUGCCAAUUAUUCGAUGGAGCAAGUAACCUUGAACACAAUAAGUUUCAGCGAUCCUCCACCAAUCGAAUGCGGAAAGUUUGGCAAAUUCGAGUUCGUCUUGGUUGGGAUGCUAUACCGGAUAGUCGCCAAAAAGCAUUCCAGCAGCUACUCCGCACCAAACCACAGUUACAAUGGGAAGCCGUUCCCGACUUAUUGCUUGAUACUGAGGAUUUUUUGUCACCAAUAACAAUAUAUCCUAUUAUGAUACAGUGUUCCAUUUCACUUUUAUCGCUUAGGCAAACCUUAGUGAUUGCUAGUUUUGGACCAAUUGGAGUAUUUAUCCCACAGUUUUAUUUUCUUGAAGAUUCCUUAUUUUCGUGUUGUCCAGUGGAAACUACAAUGGCUUAUGCAAAUUUGCUUCAACAUCCUACCCAAACGAAAUUGUUUUGCUCGAAAGUUUCAACUUCUACCGCUUUAAUGGUCUCAUUUGCAUCAUUUACAAUCGCUGUUUGCUGUACUGCAAUAGCUUUCCGCACUCGAUAUAAAAAUUGA